CCCCAACACGGGCGGCAAUUUGUGCUCUCACACACGUGGUGUUGCUUUUAGGCGUCAAUCAAUUGAAGUACAGAAUUUUAAUGUAGCGUUUGCCAUGGACAAACUAUUGACUAGUUGUCCUCAAUGUCGAGAGCCUUAUUCUAUCCGCUUACCGUCGACCCGAUACUAUAGUCGAUGCGGGUUGCCCCUGACAUUGCAGUGUGGACAUGGUGUUUGUUACCACUGUGUUGUAUCAAAAAGAUCAAAUCAAAAGCAUGGCACAAUUGUUACCAAGCAUGACCCUAAUACCACCACAAUUAGCUGUGCAAUCUGCAAUGUUGUCUCAACCAUUUCCCAUGAAGCAGUAAGAAAUGUUAAGGCAUUGAUUAAUUGCUACCAGCUGGGUCUCAUUCAGCUGGAGGAGCUCGAACUUCAAGUGGCUGAAGAAAACAUUUGCUUUAAAGAUGGAAGUGAUGGCUUGUUUGUUCCCAGUAGUCCCUCGCCUACUCUUGAAAGACAACGGUUUAUUACAUUAGAAAAAUGUUCCACUCACAGUUUCGCAAUGGAAUUUUGGUGCUAUGAAGAUGAAGUUCCAUUGUGUAAAGGUUGCAGGAUGUCUAAUCAUCUUCAACAUGAUGUUGUCAAAAUGAUAGAUAGAAACAAAGAUGAAAUGGACACGUUCUAUUCCAUAGCUGACGCAACGGUACAGCUGGUCGACGACAUGAAGAAAACUUGCAAUGAAAUUAAGGAACAAACCAACCGUGUCCAAUCAGAAUAUGACGUCGCCAUUAAAGAGAUGAGAAGACAUUUCAACGACUUGCAUGCAAUUCUAGCUGCUCGUGAGCAACAGGUCCAGGAUCAGUUAUUUAGAGCAUUCCAAGAAUGCACUAGUCCUCUAAAAAGCGUUGAACGACAUUUAUGCGAUGCAUCUCAGGAUGUUAGUUUUCAAUUGCAAAAGGCAGCCACUGCUGUCAACAACCAUACCCCGCCGAGUCGAUCAUCCAUCACACGAUGGACGGAAUCAAUUCGACAGUUUAAUAUCUACGAAACUAUUAUCAAAGAGACACUGGCUAAUAUAAACACAGUGACUUUUUCUACGAUGAUGGAACCGAUUCCAGAAUAUGCCGAUCAUCUUCUCCAUGAUUCAGUGGCUUCCAUCAGUUCCGUCAGUGAUGGCUUCACCUUCUGGACCCAACUUCAAAAUCAAUAUGGCGAUCUUAGGCAAAAGACAAACAAACAGCUAGUGGACAAUUUGAAUUCAAAGUCUCCGUGCGAGCAAACAGAAAAUAAAAAGGCCAGGAAACAUCCGCAUGUAAUAUCACCGUCGAUAGCAGCUAACCGACAGUACGACGUUGGAACCAAUUUAACUGGCCGUGUCGUCCAUGUCGAUGUACAACGCUUCUACGUUCAUGUACUAAGUGGUUCAUGUUCUCAAGACGCUAUUAGUGAACUGGACCAGCUACAUACCCGACUUCAAAUGUGUGACAGGAAUCCCGCGCCUGGAUUGCAUGUGCUGCACACGGGCCAACUGGUGGCUGGACUGUUCCAGGGAAUGUGGUACCGUGCCCUUAUUGAAGAGAUUAAUCUCAAAUGCAAUGAUAUAGUCAUCUUUUUCGUUGACUACGGUAAUCGGGAGCUGACAAGCGUUCAGUCCAUUCGGGUGUUGAGCGAUGACAUGAUAAACUUGCCGGCUCAAGCUAUACGUUGUGCGCUACCUAAAAACACGGCCAUGUCAGAAAUCGCCGAAAUAAAAGAAACCCAACACAUUCACAUGCAAGUUGAUCGCGUGGAACAUGGCAGAGUAGGUCGGCUUGAUGGACAGGAACUCACCUUGUGGAUCACACUGCUUAAACCACCAGAAUGCCAAAAUGACAGUACGGUAAAUUCCCAAGAGAAUCCAGUGGAUCCAUUUAUAGCCUGGCCACAAUCGAAACUCCACAAAAUUCGAACUAUUCCUACUCCACCUCCACCGGAGGCCAUGGGUACCAAAAGGAAACGAUUUCCUGCCAAGGAUUGGGUACCCACGGUAGUGAAUCCUUCUACUAAAUCACGAUCCACAAUGUCUACGAAAUCAGAAGAUGUGCCAAUGCCCAUCGUCUUACCAAUAGCCCUGAACCAAGGCCAAGAAAACCGUCACCGUACGAAGAUAAUUACAAGUCAUUUGAAUUCAGCUGGAGAUUUCUACGUCCGGGUCGAAUCAGCUCAAAAGACCUACCUCAAUUUAAUUCAGCAACUCGAUAGCCAUUUUUCCAUGAGCUCUGAAUUGCUAGAGGAGCUGGCACCAGUUGGACAAGUGUGCGCUAUUAAGUUGGACGGCCAAUGGAAUCGUUGUCGAAUUAUCGGAAUAGUGGACGAUAAAACUGUAUCUGUCCACUUGAUGGACGUUGGUAAAAGAGUAAAUUCCACCGAACUCUAUCGACUGGAACAACCACGAUGGAUGGCGACGCCAGUGCUGGCUUUACAUUGCCGUUUGUGGGGUAUCCGUCCAGCUGGACACGCGACCAAGUGGUCAGGAUCUUCAUUCGAUAAGAUGAAAGAAGCAAUCAAGAUGAGCAGUGCUCUCUUUGUGCAAGUUUAUUUUAUCCAGGAAGAAGAAAUCGAAGACAGUGGCAUAUUUGCAUCUGUUCAUUACGUCCGUUUCUAUUACGAAUACAUCCAGCCAGGUGGACCCAUGGAAUUCGAUCAGACAUUGACGUGUUGUCUUAACGAUCAGUUACUGGAACACGGACUAGCACUCAGGGAUCCGAUGCCGGUCACUGUCCAGCCUUCACCUAAAUGUUGGCUGCCUAGUGUCUCUUUACCACCCGUAUUAGAAAAUGCCAUGCCCAUUUGGUUGGAUGAUGAAGGGUUCAUCUAUUUGCAUCGACCUUCUGGCCCGACUAAUCACAUGUCAGUCAUCAAGAAAUUGCUCCAAUGGCAUUACGAUAAAUCAACACCCACUGCGGACGAUUUGACUCAUUGGAUCAAAGAUGAACCAUGCGUUGUCUUGUACACCGAUAUGAAAUGGUAUAGAGCAAUCGUUCAAUCGUGUGAUGAUGAGAAGCAAACGGCUUCAGUCUUUUUCGUUGAUUAUGGCAAUUCUCAACUGGAUGUCCCUUACACGAACAUGAGGAAAUCAUUGCUGUGCUACGAAUAUCCAAUUCAAGCCACUAGAUGUCGUUUGGCCAGGUUUCCUGCACCCGGUGUCAAACCAGACGAAGAGCAAUUGGCCACAUUGCACGAAUUACUCGUUGAUAAACGAAUCACAGUCACGGUGACAAACAAAUCGAUGGGAGGCGUAGAGCCGGUGGUUGAAAUUCAAUAUACCGAAACUGGAAGUCGAGUUUUAGAUGAGAUUUUUGAUCUCUUGACGUCCGGAUAUAGAGAUAAAUCACCUUCAUGCGAAAUCGAUGUUGUCCAAACAUCAUUACCGCCUUCGCUAGCGUCUAGUGCAGCACCUACUCCGGAGCCAACUGUGCCCCUUAGCAGCGUUGAUCAAGACGAUUCCAUUUUUGAUGUGGCUUCUUCUGAGUUCUCUGACGACGUUUAUCCCAUUUUCAAUUUUGAUUUUCUUAACAGUCUCGAAUUUCAAGAGAUGGACCUUUAUCGACCAUUAAUCGUGCCCAGUCGUGUUUCCUUACCUGUUUGCAUUCUUUCCAUCGUCGAUUCAGAGGACUUUCGUGCAGUCAUACAACCGACACGACACUGGUUGAAAGACAGUCCGUCUCAAUGGCAGGCACAGGUGGACGGUUUUGGCCGUCUUCAAACAGAACUUCAGCGUGCCGCGCCCCUUUUCCCAGAUAUUGAUGUCGGAGAAUCAAAGAGUCCAUGUGCUUGCAAGUACUCGGAAAACAAUUGCUGGUACAGGGGGAAACUUGCCGGUUAUGUUGACGAUGAACUGAGUAUCGUCAAAGUAGAAUUGGUGGACAUUGGCAUCACUUUGGAUGUACGAAGCUGUCAUGUCAAACAAUUGCCAACAGAAUACCUUAGUCUACCGCGUCAUUCGACAACAUCCAGAUUGGUUGAUUCCGCCGUCUCCCCAUUAUAUCCACCCAGUCUGGACCAUUUACGGGCUUCUAUGAAAAAGAACAGGCAAUUUACUGCUUUUUUCAAAGAGGUUAAUCAGCCACAUCAAAUGACGUUAUUUUACAGAGAUAAAAACGGUAAAAAUAUUCCAGCCAUCGAAUAAAAGAAAAGAGAGUAUUUUAUGUGAGUUACCUUUUGCGAGAUGUUUGGGGAAGCAGAAAAUUAUGGUGAAUUUUUGUUUUGUUAUAUUCCCACAAAUAUUUUAACCAAGAUAAAGAUCAAGAGUAAUGGUUUUGCUCAUUUUUGUUCUUUUCCUGCAAAUCCCUGAUCGUUUUCGGCAUGAAGAACGAAAUACAGAUCAAGAAACCACAAUAACAAAAGUGUUACUGUGAUUGGUCAGUGUGGUGAAAAAUCAUUUUAAAUAUUCCAACUGUCAGAGACUUUGUGGGUUC